GAUGUUGCGUUCCUGAGCGGUCGUAAAGUGGCUUAUUUAGUGAGAAUAAGAAUUUUGUCCCUCCAGGCUGACCGUAGUGGAGACCGGUAGUAUCGAAACAGACCUAAAACAACAAACUCUACAUGGAAAGUCAGCGUUUCACGUGUAAAGGCUGUUGUCAUUUGAUUCGUGGGUUUUCUGAUUAAUGGGUUUACUGAAUGCAAGCCGGCUCUCAGUAAGAGCUGCCAGGUGCUGCCUGAGUCCACUGUCAACACAAAAAUCAUGGCUUUCCAGCAAAUCCACCCACCUGGGGGACAAGAACAUCCUGCUCAUGGGUCCUCCAGGAGCAGGAAAAACUACAGUGGGGAAGAUAGUGGCCCACAAACUGGGACUGCCUGUCAUAGAUAUUGAUGAUGAUGUCUUGGAGAUGACGUGGAAGAUGCCCGUUGCCGCUAAAUUGGCAGCAGUUGGUGGAAAGCGUUUCUUGGAGGAAGAAGGUCGAGCUUUGUGUAACUUCUCAGCCUCUGGGUGCGUUAUUUCCUUGACAGGCUCUAACCCUCUUCAUGCUGAGGCAAUGAAGCAUGUCAAACAGAGUGGGCUGGUCAUCUAUCUGGAUGUGGACAAUGAGGACAUCAUACAGAGACUCACCAGCAUGAAGGUGAACAGGAUAGUGGGCCAGGAGGCAGGGGUAUCAAUGAAGGACAUUCUGCUUUACAGGAAACAGUUUUAUGAGAAAUGGCUCGAUGUGCGGGUGUUGUGUGGAACAGGAGACACAGUGGAAGAAAUAGUGGACAAGGUGCUGAAGGCUGUGGAGAGAUAUUGGAAGAGUGAUGAGGAAACAUUUGUGUCAACCAGGUGUGACAGCACAGGAUCGUCCAAUCAGAAAACAUACUUUAGUGAUGUGGUUGUGGAAGGCCUGGCUCCAGAUGGAGGGCUCUAUGUUCCCAAAAAUGGCUUCCCAAAGAUCGAUGCACGUGAAUGGCUGAGGUUAAUUGAGAUGUCGUACCCAGAGCGAGCAUUAGUUUUACUUGAAAAGUGUAUCCACCCUCUGGACAUCUCUGCAUUGGAUCUCAGAACAAUGAUAUUUAAGGCGUAUGGAUCAAACUUUUCCAGCAAGGCUGUUGCACCUGUAAAGCACCUCACUCACAAUCAGUAUGUUCAGGAGCUUUUUCACGGCCCCACCGCCUCCUUCAAGGAUCUCGCUUUACAGCUGAUGCCUCAGCUCUUUGCUUACUGCCUCCCACCCAUGUGCAACUACCUCAUCCUUGUAGCCACAUCUGGAGACACUGGCAGCGCAGUGCUCAGUGGCUUCAGCAGGCUGAGCGGCAUUGACAGACACCGCACUGGUGUCCUGGUGUUCUUCCCAGAGGAAGGAGUGAGUGAGAUUCAGAAGCUCCAGAUGAUGAGCUACAGGGAGGGCAAUGCCAGGGCUGUCAGUGUCCGGUCAGACUUUGAUUUCUGCCAGAGAAACAUCAAGAGGAUGUUUGGAGAAGCGGAGCUGACGGGGCAUCUCGCUGUGGAGUAUGGCACAGUCCUCAGCACCGCCAACUCCAUCAACUGGGCACGGCUGUUGCCACAGGUGGUCUAUCAUUCCUCGGCCUAUCUGGAUCUGUGCAGAGACGGUGUUAUCAAAUUCGGAGAGCCCAUCGAUGUUUGCAUCCCUACCGGCAACUUUGGCAAUGCCAUGUCCGCUGUGUACGCCAAGCAAAUGGGUAUCCCGAUAAGAAAAGUCAUCUGUGCAUCCAACCACAACCGGGUCAUCACCGACUUUAUCGCUACAGGCGAGUACGAUCUGCGGGGACGGCUGCUGAUGCUCUCCCACUCCCCCGCUAUAGAUAUCCUAAAGUCCUCCAACCUCGAGAGGUUUAUCUACCACGUCUCCGACGGAAACAGCCAUCUUGUCAAGGACCUGUUCACACGCUUAGACAGACAGCAGCACUUUCAGGUUCCUGAGCCUCUUCUUGGCAGGAUACAGCAGGAAGUGCUGGCUGGCUGGUGCACUGAGGAUGACUGCUUGGCCGCCAUCCAGAGCGUUCACACACAGACGGGCUACGUCAUGGACACACACACUGCUGUGGCUAAAGUCGUCGCUGAUAGGCUGCAGGAUGGCUCGUACCCCGUGGUGUUUUGUUCCACGGCUCACUAUGGGAAAUUUGCUCCCGCUGUGUUCAAAGCUUUACAAAUCCCAAAUAUUCCAGAGGAUCCCAUUGAGCAGCUAACGAAGCUGGGACUCACUUCAUCCAGCCCAAAAAUACACAGAGAGAUGAUAAAAUGCCUGAAGGAAAGUGCCAGGAGGAAACACAGUGUUUGUGAAGCAGAUUAUAGCGUGCUGGUAGAGCAGGUGGAGAGCAUGAUACAGGAUUCCUUCCUUAAAGUUAUGUAGAAUUAUUCCAGCGUUUAUUGAUCUCCAGCUUAGUUUGUCAAAAUAUACAAAAAUACUCUUUAUGUGUCCUCUUUGUUUCAUGCAUUUGAGUUUUACUGCAAACUGAACACAUUAUAAAACAAAAAAAAGUUAAAAUCUUAAUAAACGUGUCAAUAAUGGGGAAUAAAUAAGCAGGCAUCAUAAUGAAAAUUCAUUUAAAACACAAAUUAAAAUGGUAAAUCUGUCUGAGCCUCCAGAAUUGAGAAAAAUGCGCAUAUUUGACACAAAUUAUGCUGUAAUAGAGCAUAAUUUAAACAGCUUUAUUGCCCAUUUUUAUUGACUGCAACAGUCCUUCUCAUCAAAAUCUGGAGUCCUGGCCCACUAGAUGGGGAUGUCUACCUCUUGGCCACUGCUGCAUUUCAUUAACAGUAUAUGGAUGUAGCUGUAGGGGGAAGGUCAAAUAAACUAGUAAAAUAUCUUGUAAAAUCAAUAUCUUCACUUUAAUCAACACAUUUCUACCAUAAUAAAAUCUGACAGUUAAAUUGCUUUCUAAUCAUAAAGCAAUGUUUUAUUCACGUCAUCUUUUUCUUAGUAAUUUGCACUUUUUCCAGUACUGACCAUGUAAAACUGGAGCAGUUCAGUAGCAGUAAAAAUGGAGCUUCUGACAUAUACAGUGCUGUGCAAAAGUCUUGAUCCACCCCUUGUUUCUUUAUAUAUUUGCUUCCAAGGAGUCAGACUUUCUUGUAAGUUUUUUAAAAGUGGUCUUGAACAGUAUUUCUCCAGUCUUCCUUAUGAAAGUCUUUCAAAGUUUAUCCUUGGACAGCGACUGUCCAAAGGGCUUACAAUGAUGAACAUACAGCUCGUGAUCUUGUUAAAGUGGUGGUUGUAUAGAAAUUAUAUGAUUUACACCGUUUACACUUUUUUCCAGAUGCCUCUCAUAUGAGAAAGAACAGAAACAGGUCUGUGGGUAAUUUUGCAUUGUCUGUUGCCACUAUCCAUACCAGCAGGCGUUCAGAAAUGAAUCCUGUCUCUGUGGCCAUCAGUUGAGUCAUUUAAAUCCAGGUGCUGCCUCAGCAGCCGUGGCGAGAGGAAGAUAAGUUUCAUAGAUCUCCAGGGUUGCUUAUGACUGCAGUUGUUAAAAUAGAUGGAAAGUCAGGCCGGAUUUAACAAAGCACUUUGCUAGCAUGCCCUCUGAUCUGGAUCACUGUCUGCAGAAAGUGAGAAGUGUUUUCUGCAACCUU